CUUAAAGCUUGCAGGUUGAUCGAGUUCCAUCUGUUUUAAUCGUUCUUGAUGAUGGCGGGCAAUGAAACUGAAUGUUACUCCACCCAGCUCAUAGAUGGAGAUGGUACCUUCAAUGGAGAUGGACUUGACAGGUUUAUCAAACAGGUCAAACUUGGAGAAUGUGGACUUUCUUAUGCCGUCGUAGCUAUAAUGGGUCCACAGCACAGCGGGAAGAGUACACUUAUAAAUCAUCUUUUUGAUACCAACUUUAAAGAAAUGGACACUAUGGCGCAAAGGUCUCAGACAACCAAGGGUAUAUGGAUAGCAAGAUGUGUUGGUAUUGAACCUUGCACCAUUGUAAUGGAUCUUGAGGGUACAGAUGGAAGAGAAAGAGGAGAGGAUGAUACGGUAUUCGAGAAACAAAGUGCACUUUUUGCGCUUGUGGUUGCAGAUAAAGUGAUUAUAAAUAUGUGGUGCCAAGAUAUCGGGCGUGAACAUGCUGCUAAUAAACCGCUUCUGAGAGCUGUAUUUUCGGUUAUGUUGCGGUUAUUUAGAGUAGAUAAAAAAACUCUCAUGUUUGUCAUACGUGAUAAAUCAUUGACACCUUUUGAACAUCUGAAGAAUGACCUGAGUGAAGGAAUCGAAAAGAUAUGGAAUUCUGUUUCCAAGCCGGAAUCCCACAAAGACACCCGUCUCAAAGAUUUAUUUAAUGUUGAAGUUGUUGCACUGUCAAAUUUUGAACUCCAGAAAGCCAUAUUUAAAGAGGAGGUGGCUAGUUUGAAGCAGAAGUUCUUUCAAUCUAUUGCACCUGCGGGUGAUAGGCGAGAAGUUGUUCCUGCUUCCGGUUUUUCCAUCAGUGCACAACAGAUAUGGAAACUUAUCAAGGAGAACAAAGACCUUGACUUGCCUUCUCUUAGGGUUAUGGUGGCAACUCUAAGAUGUGAUGCGAUUGUAACGCAAAAGUAUUCUACCUUUAUUGCAAACAAGGCCUGGCUUGAUUUACAAGAGGCUGUGGAAACUGAUCUUGUCGAAGACUUUGGAGAAAAAGUUAGUUUAAUGAUUUCUAACUGUUUAUCUGGUUAUGAUCACGAGGCUACAUACUUUGAAGCUAGUGUUACAUCCGAAAAAAGAAAACAAUUGGAAGAGAAUUUGUUGCAACUUGUUCAACCAGCCUACCAAUCGACAUUGAAGCGCAUACAAGCUAUGUUAUUCGAGAAUUUCAAAGACGAAUUUAGCAUUGCUCUAAAUGGAGGACAGGGGUUUGCAGUGAAUGCUUGUGACUACACUAAGAAGUUCGUGAGACUAUUCGCUGAACGAUGUGAACGUGCUGUCGUUGAGCAUGCCAAUUGGGACUUGGAUAAAAUAAAGGAAAAAUUUUCACGCGAUUUAAAUUCACAUAUUACUGAAGUUCAACUUGUCGAACUAUCUAAAGUACAUGAGUCAAAUUUGAAAGAGGCCUUACAUGGUCCUGUGAAAAGUCUUCUUGAGAUGGGCAGUGAUCAUACUUGGCCUGCAAUAAGAGAACUUCUUCAGCAUGAAACUGAAACGGCUGUCUCUGAAUUCUCUUCUGCACUUUUGACUUUUGAAAUAGAUGAACAAAAGAAAGAAGAUAUGAUCUCAAAGUUGAAGAAUCAUGCAAGAGGACUGGUGGAAAAGACGGCAAGAGAAGAAGCUGGAAAUGCAUUGCACCACAUGAAGGAAAGAUUUACAUCCAUAUUUAAAUACAAUGGUGAUAACAUGCCCCGUGUCUGGUCUGGGAAGAAAAACAUUCAAGAUAUAGCUAAAACUGCCUGGUCUGCUUCUCUAAAGUUUCUCUCUGUUUUGGCUGCAAUUCGUUUGGAUGAUACCACUGAUACAAUUUGGGAUACCUUGGUUUACACAUUACUCGAGCGAACAGAAAACGUUACUACUUCACAUGACUCAUUGUCCUCGUUCAAAUGGAAAGGGGUUCCCGUUACAAAGACACUUAUAGCUCCUUUAGAGUGUAAUGAAUUGUGGAUAGAAUUUCUAAAAGAAGCCUGUGAUGCAGUCGCUAAGGCAACUAUUGAACGCUCGGAAGCAAAGAAGAAUGAAAAGAAGGAGUUUCUUAGCAAUGUUUCUCAGAAUCUAAGCAACGUUUCUCAGAUUCUAGAAAUCGUUCAAAAUAUUUUUAAGACUGUGUCCGAAUUAGCUGAUACUUCAAAGCAUAUUUCGAGCGUGUCAUCAGAAUUGUUUGGAGAUGGAUGAGAUUGAUAAUAAGAGUUUGAUGUGUUUUUUGCUUGUGGAAUUGUGAUGAUGUUUAGGUUUGAGAAUUUUGGAUGGUGCUUUUGAUCAGGGAAUGUUGAGUUUUGUAAUCUGUUACUUUAUUGAAUAUAGAUUGGAUGAGCUAUUGGAGUCACUUUAUAAACUUAUGGUUACAUCUCACUUGUCAUGUUUUCUCAUAUGUGUGUAUUCAAACUCUUAU